CCCACUUACGUCGCAUUUCUGCUCACCGAUGCCGACGGCUCGCGCCCUCGCCCUCUCCUGCCUUAUUUAGGCCGGAUUGGCUCUCUUCGUGGACCAGGGUGUCCGUGUGUGGCAUGUGGCGGCUGACCUCGUGACUGUCCCCCUGGAUGCGUCCGGGAGUUCCUCUCUCAGCGUCUUCUCGAACCAAGAAGUUUCUCCGACGUUCACUCUAGGCAAGGAAAGGAUCCCCCUCUCGUGGGUCCGCCCUGGCCUCGUCGCCGGCAACCACUCCGGCCGGGCCCUCCCGCACUUCGUGCAGCAUAACUGACCUUAUCCUGUUUCCAGGAAGGCAACAGGAAGUCUGUUUGUAGCGUGAACCCAUUGCAAUGUACGUCCUGGUCGCAGUCCUCAUUCUGGUGAUUCUUGGAGGAGGGAUCUUAGCCUACUGUCUAGUAAUUUCUAAAAAGAACGAUUGGAAAUGGAAGUCUCGAGACGUGGAGAACUCGGCAGAGGAACUAAGGCCUUUGAACCCAAACUGCUCUGUCUCACAAAAGCCUUUUUUUUACAGAAUGGGUCGAAUAGAAGUUGAAGUGAAGUUAUAAUAAACGCCCCAGAAGAUCUUGAAUUGAACUAUGAUUGCUUCCAGGCUUUGGUUAAUAACACUACUGACAAGAAUGUACACAUAAGAGAAGUCCUAAAGAUCUAUGGGAAAUGCUUGGACAAAGUAUUCACCUUGGCAAGUGAAGGCAAAUACAAACAUGGAGUCAACGUUUGUUUGCGUCGGUCUGACUUCAUGGGGACCGUGAGAGACGAGGAAGGGAAGUCCAUUCUUCAUUAUAUCGCCUCCUGUAAAUCCGGGAACAAUGCACCAGCGUGGACAAUUACUGCUUUAGAGGAAUUCAUGAAAGACCAUAAAUGUCUUCCAAACGCGGUUGAUUACGACGUACUUGCCUUCCUCUCUUGGCCGACGCCGCAGAGACUUCGAACGAUGAGGUCUCUUGGGACGGCGAGACCACCACAUCGAGGGAGGCGUGGCUGAGACUCGCCGGGACUCUCUUGGAGCUAGGCUGUGAUCCCCAUCUUACAGAGACAUUGCUCGGAUGAAUAACAAACUGGAAUUAGCUAAAAGUCUUGAAGAGAGAUGUACAAAGGGGAUGCUACAAAGCAAGGUGUGUGCUACGCAUGCCAGUAUCUUGGAUGCAGUUCGCAGAGGUGACUUCAGUCUACUGGAGAAAAACUUGUGCUCAUCCUUGCUGCCCUUAGGCGCCCAAGCUGACCCUCUGGUGGAGGCUGUGAAGUCCGGCAAACUGAGAAUUGUAAUGCUGCUCUCGAGUGCUGGUGCGCCAAUUUGUGGUCUGCCUCUCGUGUCUGUCUCGCCCCUGCAAGCCUCACACAUGAAUCCGAAUCUACCCGCUAUCUUCCCCGCUCUCAUGAGGAAGGAGUAUACCAGCAAGCUCCGAUAUGAAGCUCAAAGUGUUCCAGCGGACCCUGAAGGCGCUGACCGGAUGAGGAACCUGAUCGAACGGCUUGCAGACGACGUGGAAUCAAUGGGCGACAAAGCUUCCUGGAGCUUCACCAAAAAGUCGACAGAUGGCAGUGCGGGGGGGGGGGGGGAGGCUCGAGAAUUUCUCUGCGAGGCAGCCGGCUUUGGUCUUCCUCUCACAUGCCAAGUGUUGGCUUUGGAGGGCCUCCAGCUCCACCCUCUGCCACGGGAGCCAAACCCGGUCCAAAGAGCUUAUGAUAAGAAACAAAUGAAUGUACUAAUGAUGUUGCUCAGAGACUUGGGCAUGUCACCAUUUGCCAUUAUGGAUAAAAUAGAAAGAUCAAGUUUAUACAAGGAUAUUGAGGCUCUUGAAUUCCAAAAGCUGCAAGAAUUCUGCAGGAACACGAAGACGGAUUACAAUAGCCUUGUUAAUCAGGUUAAGGAUGGUUGUACUGGGAAGCACCGAGGCGAGAUAGACAAACAGAUUUUACUGUGCAUAGCCAUUAAUGGACUCGUCUGUCUCUUCCAUAAGAUCGUCGUAUGUAAAGGAUUUUAAUGUUAUUGUGGACGACUCAACAGGAUCUACAAUGUUACACAUAGCAUCUAUGCAUUAUCAGACUCGAAUGGUGGAGUGUUUGCUCCCUAAUGGUGCGGAUUUACAUGCUAAAACAAAAGCCAACCUCACUGCCCUGCACCUGAUAGCUAGCAAGGGGAAUAGGCCUGGCAUGGAAUAUCACCGCGGCUGUAUUAAAUCCCGAGGCGCUGAGACAGAGACAGUGCAUGCUAUUGUCAUUUCACCUCAACAGCUGGCUGAUGGUUAUGACAAACUGUUAGAGGACUUCAGCAUGGUGUUGCUUCCAGAGGAACAUGUGCUGGAAAUCCUAAGCCUACCGUAAAACCAAAAGUCUGCUUCUGAAGAAAAUUCCAGGCUAUGAAAAUCUCGGAUAAUGAUAGCUUCUUCAAUCUUACAAAGAGCUUUAUUUCCAGAACUGAAUCCAUUAGUGAUUUGGUAAAGGAAGGAGAAAACCUGCUCAUCGAGAUCGGUAAAACUGAUAUGAGAUUUAAUGGUAAAUUUGUUCCUCCAACACGAAGUAUAAAUGCGCUCCCAGAAGACUCGGUUCAGUUAUAUUGGGAGGUUGAUCAACAAGCUAAUGUCUUCUAUACAGAAAAAGCUGGAAACAAAUACAGUGUAUGUGUUAAUCUCACUAAUGAGCAACAAUUUACAUCUUGUUUUAGAAACGAGUUUCAAAGAGUAGUCAGAAAAACUAAAAAAUUACACAUUUAGUUGCAAGCAGUUGUGGCUGUCACUUCCACCCUUUAUAGAGAAUGAUUCGGGCUUGACCGUGUUCAUUACAUGGUUCAGAAACAACAGGAUCAGACAGGUGAGGAUGAGUCUCAUUCCGGUCAUUAAAACGGCUCAAUCAUGUUUUCCCAAACCAUUGCCACCUCUUAUGAAUAAUCUUUUGGAGGAAAGUGUCCCGAAUUAUUUGGCAAAUUAUGGCGGAAACUAUUGGAAAGCCGUGUUGGUUCAAAUGGAGAAUAAUAUAUUUUCCAAAUUGAGUGAAAAAAUACAGCUGGUCCUUGUAGCAUGCAAAUUCAUUACCAACGUACUGUACUCAUGCUGGUGGCUCCCUCAAGGGAACAGCAGAAAACACGUUUGCUCCAAACCCUCCUUUAGCGUUCAUCUGUCUACACUGCGAUUCCGCUUCCUCAUCUCCCUCUUCCUCGAGGAGGUUUCCCAAACGCCCCGCGAGGACUGGGAAUCUUCAGAGUUCUUGGACCGAGUCCUUUCUACUUUCAAGAGGGCUACAUGUUUAGACAACAAGGGAAGGAGAGUUCCCAAGAAGAGUUUGCGACUGUUCCUUGACUCAACCAAUGCUGACCAUAGAUUUGGGAACACACUUGUUUGUGCCAUUGUCGAAUUCCUUGAGGGGAUCUCAAAGCAAAAGAUAAAUUUCAAUGAAAACUAUGGUAAAUGAAAAGGUUUUGAUGAAUAAGGUUUGAUUUAUUUUUAUUUAACACAAUAUUGCAAUAAUAUAGAAAUGAAAAGUAUAUGCAACAUGUCUUCUUGAUUUGUUUGUCAAGUGUAUUUCGAACAAAUUUACUUCUGAAGAAAGAAUUCUUAGAAGCCACUGGCCUGCCCAGAGUCAGGUAAAUAAGGUAAUAAGAAAUAUGCGAAAAUGAAUGAUAGGCAGGGCUAUCACUGUCAGUGGAACAGCUGAGGUUUGGCCUUUGGCAGUAAGCCUGUCCUGGAUCACGGUUUUCGCCGUGACCACGACGAUGAAAUGUUGGAACCCCCGCUCACUCUUACUCUCCCGCAGGCAUGAAAAAAGUUUGAAAAAGAUCUCGCCAAACAGCGCUAGGAGACAAGUUAUCUCCCGGGGAUGAGGAUGCUCUGCAUUCGCCCCGAGACUCUGCACCCUGCAUAGAACACACGCUCCCAAGAAAGAAAAUGCGGUUACACUUUCCUUUUUCCUUUUUAUUUUAUGUUUCUGUUUUUAUGAUUAUUAAAAGUUAAUUCUAAAUUAUUAUUCAUAUCUUUGCACAAGAACGCAAGAACUCCCAAAAUAAUGUAUUAGGAAUUUGCUAAGAAGUGAGAGUAAGGAGAAAUAUCUUAUUUUAUCUUUUUUACUUCAGUAUUUAUUUUGGUUGUUUUUAUUUCUUAUACACAUUCAUUUUGCUAUUUUUAUUUUUAGAUGUACUUUUUUGAGUUACGAGAUUCCGAUCCUUCAUUAUGCUCUUUUCGCGCCACGAUCAUACAAGGGAAUCACGGAGGCCUGGCAACGACUGGUUUUUGGGCCCUGGUGAAGGGCAAUCUCUCGGAGAUGAACCCUGGAAUGGGCCUUCCCUAAGGCAGGGAAGCCGUCGUGAGAACCUUCUGAAUCAGGUUGCAGGAAAUAUGUGUCUUUCUAGUUACGUAUAGUGAUCAAUCUUUACUUAGUGUUUUGCGUUCUUGCGUUCACGUGUUAUAUUUUUGUGUGUGUUUUAUUUAUGUUCUUUUGUUUAAUUUUUUAAAAAUGAUUUGAAUGUUUUAUGUUCGUGUUCAUUUUAGUGUUUUAUGUUCGUGUUCUUAUUGGUCCUUUUUACAAUUUUGCAUUUACUUUAAUAAAUGAAAAGUACGA